AUGCCAAAAACAGACCCAUGUCAGAAACAAGCUUGUGCCAUACAGAAAUGUCUGCAAGCUAAUAAUUACCAAGAAAGUAAAUGUGAAUCAGUAUUAGAAGACAUGAAGAAAUGUUGUGAAAAGUUUGGGAAAUUAUCAGGGUGCUGUGAUGGAAUAAAAUAUGAAAAAUCACACAAAAACCUUUCUUGA